AUGGACGAUCGGAUUGUGCUUAAUGUUGGAGGUAUUCGGCAUGAAACUUAUCAGGCGACUCUCAAGAAGAUUCCUGCUACGCGAUUAUCUCGUCUAACCCCAGCACUUGCUAAUUUUGAUCCGCUUCUCAACGAAUAUUUCUUUGAUCGACAUCCCGGUGUGUUUGCUCAAAUCUUGAAUUAUUAUCGAACCGGUAAACUUCAUUAUCCAAUAGACGUAUGUGGACCUUUGUUUGAGGAGGAACUAGAGUACUGGGGUUUGGACGCAAAUCAGGUUGAGCCUUGUUGUUGGAUGACUUACACUCAACACAGAGAUACUCAAGAAACAUUAGCAGUUUUGGAUAAAUUAGAUAUGGAUAAUCGUGAGGAUGAUCCAGAUUCAAGAGAAAAAGAAAUUAUGAAAAAAUUCGGUUGGGAAGAGGAAUAUUACCAAGGGAGAAUAACAUUCUGGAUGAAAUACAAACCAAAGAUUUGGGCGCUCUUUGAUGAACCAUAUUCUUCACAAACAGCUAAAAUUAUAGCUGCUAUAUCAGUUUGUUUUAUUGUUAUCAGUAUCGUUUCGUUUUGUUUGAAGACUCAUCCAAACUUUCGAAUAGCAGUUAUAUCAACGAGAAAUAUAACAUCGAAUCAUAUAGGAAUACAAAGGACAGCCACUGAACCUCAUAAAUCAUUCAGUCAAAUCGAAUUUGUAUGCAACAUAUGGUUCACAUUUGAAAUAAUAGUUCGAUUCGUAUUUUGCCCUAGCAAAUUUCGAUUUUUCAAAUCGCCUAUUAAUAAUAUUGAUUUGAUAGCAACGUUAAGUUUUUACAUUGAUGCGAUACUUGUUCGACUUCUUGAUGAAGAUGCACCAAAAGAUGUCGUCGAAUUCUUAUCAAUGAUUCGAAUUUUAAGACUUUUUAAAUUAACGCAACAUCAUCGUGGCCUCCAAAUAUUAAUUCAUACAUUCCGUGCUUCUGCCAAAGAACUUAUUUUAUUAGUAUUUUUUCUAAUUCUUGGUAUUGUGAUUUUUGCCGCUUUAGUUUAUUAUGCAGAAAAAAUGGAAGUUAAUCCAGAUAAUCAAUUUAUCAGCAUACCAUUAGGCCUUUGGUGGGCAAUAUGCACUAUGACUACGGUUGGUUAUGGUGAUAUGACUCCACAUACAGCACUUGGUCGUUUAGUUGGAAGUUUAUGCGCAGUAAUGGGCGUACUUACUAUUGCAUUACCCGUGCCAGUUAUUGUUAGCAAUUUUGCUAUGUUCUAUUCGCAUACACAAGCGAGAGAGAAAUUACCUCGUAAACGACGACGAGUUUUACCCGUUGAACAGGUUGUUUGGUUUUAUUUUUAUAAAAUCUUAUCUUGCUUAUCAAGUCUUAUCAAAUUUUAUUAUACUCGUUCAUUUCAUUGA